AUGAUUGCCACAACUCAACAAAACAUGACCACGGAGCUGGACCUGGGGAGUUCAGACGGUCCUCCGCGGAACUGGAAGGGCAUAGGAAUCGCCAUGGUGGUGAUCCUGGCCGUCAUGUCUCUGGUCAUUCUCUCGGUCAUCCUCCUCACACCUGAUGAAUCUCACUUGUUACUCCGUUCCCAUCUCACCAUGGAGGAUCUGGAGAGCGAGGAGUUCAAAAUUCAUGACCCCCGUGUGGCUUGGCUUAACGAAAACGAAGUGGCUCUCCGCACCAGAGAGGGACACGUCCUGUCGUUCAGCCUCAACAGCAACCUCACCACAACUCUGCUGGACAACAGCUCCCUGGAUCUGACCACUACUAAAUUCCAAGUGUCCGCAGACAAGAGGUUUGUCCUCUUGGCGUAUAAUAUUCAACUGGUGUUCUCUCAGUCCUUCACAGCCUCCUAUGCUAUCUACAGUGUGGCUAAUGGGGAUCUUCAGGAGCUUAACCCUCCAGAGAGGGAGAACACAGUGCUACAGUACGCUUCCUGGGGGCCUCAGGGGAACCAACUGGCCUAUGUGUUUGACGGAGAUAUCUACUACAAACCGAGCGUGACCAGCAAACCCCUGCGUCUCACAACCACUGACCAGGAGCAGAAUGUGGCGAAUGGGCUCUCUGACUGGACUUAUGAGGAGGAGGUGCUCUUGUCAUAUGUUGCUCACUGGUGGUCUAUGGACGGUGCUCGGCUGGCAUACCUGAGCAUCAACAACUCUGCCACACCUGUGAUGGAAAUUCCUCACUUCCUAGGUGGUCUCUAUCCCUCCAAUGUGCUCUUCCCCUAUCCCAAGGCUGGCUCAAGUAUCCCGUCAGUCAGUCUGUUUGUGGUGAAUCUUUAUGGUCCAGCUCACACUCUGGAAAUGAUGCCUCCUGACUUCCUCAGGGCCAGAGACAGCUACAUCUCCAUGGUGACUUGGAUCAGCAGCACCCGCCUCGCAGUUCGUUGGCUGAAUCGUGCCCAGAACCAAUCAGUGCUCUGCGUGUGUGAGGCCACCACAGGGGCAUGCUCAGAGAAACACAAAAUGGCCAUGGACAUAAUGCAAAACCAACGACAGGACGUGCCAUUGUUUUCAGCAGAUGGCUCUGUGUUUUAUACAAUCCUGCCCGCAAAGCAGGGCGCCCGUGGGGAGUUUCACCACAUCGCAGGUCUUUCAGCCCAGCCUGCCAUCCCGUCCGUCCCUCCUCGCUUUUUGACAUCGGGGAGCUGGGACGUCACCUUGCUCUGCGCCCUAGACGAGAAGGCUGGAAAAAUCUAUUUCCUGAGCACAGAGGAAUCCAGACAAAGCAGACAUCUUUACAGCGUGGACCUGGAUGGAGUGUUUCAGCGCCAGUGCAUCUCCUGCAACCUCAUAGAUGGAUGUCACUUCUUUAAAUCUGAAUUUAGCCCCAAUCAAACCCACUUCACCCUCUACUGCUUAGGCCCUGGAAUCCCUAAAGUGACUGUUCACAGUACAAAGGACCCCUCCAGAUACGUCGUCUUGGAGGAUAACAGCCCUCUGUCUGAAGCCCUGGAGGACAAGAGACUCCCUGAGACUCUGUUCAGAACAGUCCCAGCAGACAACCAUGAGCUGCACCUGAAGCUAUCUCUACCUCAGGGUUAUGAGGCCAACCUGCACCCUCUCCUCAUCAUUGUAGACGGCGUUCCUGGCAGUCAGUCGGUGACGGAGGAAUUUGCCCUCGACUGGCCUCAGGUCCUCUCCAGCACACAAAAUGUGGCCUUGGCCUGGGUGGACGGCAGGAGUGGGGCUGGCCGUGGACAGAAGACCACUGCCGUGGAUCCACGCAAGCUCGGCUCACUUAAAGUCAAAGAUUAUCUGGGAGCUGUAGAGUUGUUGAUGCAACUGCCAUACAUUGAUGACCGUCGAGUGGCCCUCUAUGGCAAGGGAUUUGGUGGUUAUUUAACUCUCAAGAUGUUAGCUGCAACAGACAAGCUCUUUCAAUGCACAGCCGCUAUGGCACCAAUAACUGACUUCAGGCUUUAUAGUGCUGCAUUCUCAGAGAGAUAUCUAGGCCUUCCAGCAAAGGAGGAGCACGUAUACUUGACUGCGUCUUUGCUGGAGGAGGUUAACAAGCUGAAAGAUGAGAAUUUCCUUAUUCUACAUGGAACUGCAGAUGCGAGGAUACACUUCCAACACAGUGCUGAGCUCCUGAGCCGUCUGGUGAAGGUGGAAGCCAACUACUCGCUGCAGCUGUACCCAGACGAAGGUCACGUCCUGAGAGAGCCCCGCAGCAUCCAGCACUUCCAGCGGACAGUGGUGAACUACCUCCAAAACUGCUUGAAGCACAGCGUUUUCCUAGAUCCCAUAGAGGACGAAGAGGAGGAAGAUGACUGAGCCCAGGAACCCCUUUCCUUCUUCUGGAAGGACUCUCUUAGGACUGUAUGCCAUCUUAUGCAUUACCUUGGGUCAGAUUGCCAGGCACAAGAGCACAGGAGUGGGGACCAAACACAUCAGAUCACCUCCUACAAUGUCUGGAACAAUUGGUGUACUGUAUACCUUGUUGCACACAAUUAUUUCUGUUAUACUGUAUGUUUGAGACCUUGUUUGUUUACAAAAUUCACAUGAGAUGAUGUGGACCAGAAGGCUACUGAUUCUGCCAAAACUUUAAAACAUGCAUGUCAUAAUGGCUGCAUGAUGUGGAUUAGUUUACAUUGCAUUUUCUGUGUUUCGCAGGUUUUAAAUAUCACCCAUCAGGGUUAAAAGUGUAAAAUCUGCCAAGAGCCGGGAACACACGAGAACACUUAAAAAUCCUUACUGAUGCUAUGUGAUUGCUCAACCUUACACAUUUAAUGACGGUGUAAAAUGCCCGCGCUUUUCCACACUAUAGAUCUCUGAAUAAACCAGCUCAGACGACAGGGUCACACUCAGAUUAAUGCAGAUUCCAGUCAUACAAAAUCAGACAAUUGGGAAAACUCUGAUAGAAGAGAUUGGAAUCCUAAACUUGAAAAUUAUCAUGUGAACCAAAAGGCUACUGCUCACUGGCCUGGGCAGAUUUUCCACAUUCUUUAAGAUGUCAUUGUAAAGUCUGAGUUAUUUUGGGUUUUCUGUAAAUAACAUUAGAUGAAGCAUAUGGAUCAUUCUA